UUCCCAUCCUCCCGCGUUCGUCGUGUGGGAGGAAGGGGGAGGCCGGGCCGGUAUUACAGAAGAAGAGGCGCUAACGAGGCCUCGCAGGGUUAUGACUGAUUUGUUUUUCUUCUCCGCCCUCCUGCGCCUGGCCGGGGUUGUGGCUUGUCCUCUCGAAGCCGUUUAGUUCCCGGCGCGCGUGUGUGUGUGUGUGCGUGUGUGCGCCUUUUAUGUGCCUUAUGGUGGUGAGAGGCGGCGAAGAAGAUCGAAACCCAUUUGAAUAAAAUGUCUGCUCAGGCUCAAAUGAGAGCGAUGCUGGACCAGUUAAUGGGCACAUCUAGGGACGGAGAUGCAACACGACAACGUGUGAAAUUCUCAGAUGAUCGAGUUUGCAAGAGUCAUCUUCUUGGUUGCUGUCCUCAUGAUAUUCUUUCUGGAACGCGAAUGGACCUGGGAGAAUGUACGAAGAUUCAUGACCUUGCAUUGAGAGCUGAUUAUGAAAUUGCUGCAAAGGAGAGAGAUUUAUUCUUUGAAUUGGAUGCAAUGGAACAUCUUGAAAGUUUUAUUGCUGACUGUGAUAGAAGAACAGAAAUUGCCAAGAAACGCCUAGCAGAAACUCAGGAAGAAAUCAGUGCUGAAGUUGCAGCCAAGGCAGAGAAGGUACAUGAACUUAAUGAAGAAAUAGGAAAGCUGUUGGCUAAAGCUGAACAACUUGGAGCUGAAGGAAAUGUGGAAGAAUCGCAAAAGGUCAUGAUGGAAGUAGAAAGAGUGCGCACAAAGAAAAGGGAAGCAGAAGAUGAAUACAGGAACUCAAUGCCAGCUUCCAGUUUCCAGCAACAGAAGUUGCGUGUCUGUGAAGUUUGUUCGGCAUACCUGGGUCUUCACGACAAUGAUCGUCGUCUUGCUGAUCAUUUUGGAGGCAAAUUACAUUUGGGAUUUAUCCAAAUCCGUGAGAAACUGGACCACUUGAAGAGAAUUGUUGCAGAGAAACAAGAAAAGAGAAACCAAGAACGUUUGAAACGGAGAGAAGAUAGGGAACGAGAAGAGAGGAUGAGGAGGAAGUCCAGAUCACGAAGUAAGGAUCGCAAGAGGUCAAGAUCAAGAGAUCGCAGGCGAAAACACUCGGGUUCUCCUGCUCACGAACGACGUAAAUCAAGGUCGAGAUCCAGAGAAAGAGACAGGCGUCGGAGGCACAGAUCCCGCUCACGAAGCCGCAGCAGAGGUCAUCGCCGCAGUUCAAGAGACAAAAGCAGGGAACGGAGUUCAAAACAUAAGUCUUCACGGGAUCGUUCUCUCAGGGAAAAAUCAAAGGAGAAAGAUCGCAAGGAGAAGAGUGCUUCAGAGAAGAGACAUGAGAGUACAAAUGGGAAAUCAGAAUUAAAUACAGCAAGUCCAGAAGAGAGAGAGGCUGGCGAAAUCUGAAAUAGACUGAACCAAAACAUGCAAAGCUGUAAAUCUGGGAACAUUCUUGCAGUCCUCUCUGAAUCUUCCCAUGCUUCUGUCUAAUUUCUCCCCCGUUUAAAAGGUUCAUUUUGGUGACGAAGACAUCAGAUUUCGGUAGCUGUAGAUAGCGCUGUUUUUCUGGUAGCGUUACAAGUUUUUUUUUUUCUCUCUCUUCCGAGACA